GAAACCAAUCAACUACUACGUCCUCCCCAUUGAUCUAGAACACGAGCUCACAAAAAAACGAAAGACAUGAGAACAAACAGAGAAGAGGAAAGCGAGACUGACCAGAGCAACAAAGGAGACAAGGGCAUAAGCAGCACAGACAAGGGCAUAAGCAGCACAGACAACGUAGAAGAUACCAUCCUGCCACUAAGUAGAGUCGUUGAUCUCAUCCCACCAAGAGGAAACGAGAAGCUCUUGGGUUCCUUGCGAAUCCACGCUAGGUUUGUCGCGAUGAACCCUGCUCGUGGGUUCGCGAUGAACCCUGCUCGUGGGUUCGCGACGAACCUAGGAGUUGGGUUCGCGAUGAAUCCAGGCUCGUGGAUUCGUCGUGAACCCAGCUUAUGGGUUCGCGGUGAACCCAGCUUAUGGGUUCGCGGUGAACCCAGCUUAUGGGUUCGCGGUGAACCCAGCUUAUGGGUUCGCGAUGAACCCAGGCUCGUGGGUUCGCCUAAAGGUGAUGAGAGUAAUGAUUGGCAAAGAUGGUGGGAAGAUGGAAAUUCGAGGGGGGUUGGAGAGAAGCUAGGAGAAGAAUUUUUUCUUUUUUUGGUUGCUUGGGGAUUGAUGAGGGUGAUGGUGAUAAGAGUGAUGAUCGAUGAUGAUGGAAUGAUGAAGAUCGGAGUCUAAGGGGGGGGGGCUUGCGGCUAGUUUUUUUUGCCGAAUCCUUUGUGAGGAACCCAGUUUGUACCUUUCUUUCGCCUUUCUUUUCUGUGAUUGUUUCUGGUUAUGAUAGAAUAAUAAGAUGACAAUUUGAUUCUUUGAUUGGUUCUCAACUUUUCUUGCAAAUGAAUUAAAAGAUUGUUC